CAUAAACAGCUCUUAUACACCACGCUUGCUUAUUUCUGCGCGUUCCAUUCUUCGCAGCACUCAUCCGAUGCUGACAUCUGAGUGCAACAAUCAGCACCUGUACUUCCCGAGCUUAACUUUCGCAUUGUCGCCAAAUACAGCCGCGGGAGUGACAUGAACGGGGACUUCGGUACCAGAGACGACGCCCACCGCAACAAAGCACCCGUCGCACCCAUGUCCGUCACUUCGCAUCGAAACUUCUCUGGCCCGCUCGCAGUCGAAAAUCCUAACAUGGCCGCCGCACCCGUCUCGCCAGUCUCGCCGGGCUCCCAGUGGGCCCGUCCCAAUCCGCACAGCAACCCGCAAAGCACACCGAACAACUCCAAGACCUCUCAGUACAUCGAUAAGAUCACCUCUGAGAACGAUCGCCUACGAAGAGAGCUGCGGGCAGAGAAGGCGGCGCGCGAAGAUGAGACCACACGCAUCGCAGCCGCCAAAACAAAGGCCGAAGAUUCGCGAGCCGAGCUACAGCACCUGCAGGUGCUCGCAGAGACAAACGUACGAGCGAUCGAACGCAAGGAUAGGAAGCUGGAGGAGAUGAAGGCCUUGCUCGACGCCGAGGUACACAGGAGGAAGGUGGCAGAGGGGAGGGCAGAAGAGGCUCUCAAGAUGCUGGGUGACACACGAUCAGAGACUCAGCGCCAGCUGGCCACCGCGUACGAGAUGAAGACUCUGGCAGACACCCAGCUCGAGACGGCGCGAGACGGCUUCAAGCGCAUGACCGAGGGCUAUGAGAAGAAGAUCAGACACAUAAGCGAGAGCAUGAAUGAGCUACGAAAGCAGCGCCUCCAAGACGCCGACAGGAUCAAGCGGCAAGCAGUCGUUAGCGACCAACUACACCACGAGAUGUCACGAACCGUACGCUCUGAAGGCGCUGUCAUAAACUUGAUGGAGGAGUACAAGAAGGAACAUAGAAAAGAUAUGGACCAUCUUGUCCAGGAAGCACAGAAACUCAAGAUGGCACUCCCAACGAAGGAGCGUGAAGCAGAUCGACUGGUGCAGCAACUAGAAGAGACAAGAGACAAGAUGAAGUGGGUCAUGACACAGCAGCAGCGCCAACAAAACCCGCGUCCACUGGAGCAGCGCCCACAACAGCAGCGUCAAACCCAACAGCGACAACAAGGGUACAAAUAGGCUACGUCCCCGGACUCGUUGCUGCGCCGACCAUCAGGAGAGAAUACGAACGAGGCUGUCGACACGAAAGAAGGUUUAUGGGCCAGAAUCUUGUCCACCAGACGAAGGCAGUAGGAGGAAUCACAAUUGCUACGACCGUCAUGACACAUUUUGCAUAAGAACCGGGUCUGGAAAAUAUUCAUCUGGCGUUUGAAGCAUUGGGUGCGAUGCAAGGCGCUCUGGGCAUCAACUUAUGACUGGAGUUGCAUAGGACGUUGCUUUUUGUUUACUUCAAGUACAUGGGUUUUGGGUUUAGAGAUACCCGUGAAGAUCGAGUUGCUCACAUUAUACUCCAUGAUUUACG